AUGCAAAAAAUAACAUCGGCUAAUAUUAUGCAAUUCGCAAAUGAAAAGUGCGGCAAAUUGAAAUCCUCAAUUCUAGAUAUACUCAGCGGUAAACUUAUCUGUCUUAAGAUUGAUACCGCCACCCGUAGUAAUCGUGGUGAUCUUUGUGUAAAUGCCCAAAUUUUUUUACGCGAUAAAAUUGAAAUUAUUACUCUAGCAAUGGAAGAAAUACAGGGCAGACAUACAGCGGACAAUAUAAGAGUAAUAAUGGAAAAAGUAAUAGGAUCUUAUGAUAUUAAAAAAGAACAAAUUUAUACGGUUACCACUGAUGACGGCCGGAAUUUUAUCAAAGCGGUUGAGCUUUUGGCAGAGACGGCCAGCCACGACGACAACGAUGAUGAUGAUGAUAUUGAUGAUGAUGAUGAAACCGCUUCGUAUGUAUUUUCCGGAAAUGUUUUAAAGCCUAUUAUAGGUGAUCACAUAAUUUCUGUAAAAUGUGCGGCUCACACGCUUCAGCUCGCUGUCAAAGUCUUUUUGGAAGAGUAUAGCCCGGGAAUAGUAAGCAGUUCUCGCCGAGUUGUAAAGAUCCUAAGAACACCAUUGAUGCGGUUAAAGGUUAGAGACCAAAAUCUUGUGAAGCCUCAACUAGAUGUUCUAACUCGUUGGAGCUCUACAUACAAUAUGAUGGGAAGGCUCUGUCAACUGAGAGAUUUUUGCGCAAUGCAUCUAAGAUCAUCCGAAAAUUUGAGCAUUGACGAGUGGAAAUUAGUGGAGAGCAUUGUGGCAGUGUUGGCAUUACCUCACUCGUUAACUUUAAAGCUUCAGGAAUCACGAUUCAUCUUCUCAAAACAAUCAACGCAGUGA